CCCAGGGAGGGUCAAGGUGCUGAAGCCUUCCCUCUCCAAUGGGUCCGUAAAUGUUAACCCCUUCUCAGUGACGAGUGAUCGAGAAUACGCAGGAUCUAAAUCUAAUUAUUGCAAGCUGAGUAACAUACCAAGGAAAGAAUAAGAUGCUAAGACCCCGUUGAGCACUUGGCCUCGGCCUUUUCUAAGUAUAGUUCGAACAUGAAAUAGUUUUUUUUUUUUUCUUUAUUAUGAACUUUUCUGCACCUAAUUCCCUCAUUAUACCACAAAAUAGUAUGUUUCAGGAAAAUAUUAAUCUUUUCCCUCACACUCAAAAUGAAACUCAGCUAUGGAACAAACUGGCCGGACUGGAAUCUCUGUGGAUCAUUCGGACCCAUAUUCAUGGUUCUGGGAUUUGCCCACAGGCUGGUUUCCUCUGUACUUUCACAGACAGGCCUACCAAGAGCUGAUCUGCAGAAACAGGGACUUGUUAGAGCUUGGUCAUGUGGUGGUCAAAGUGAAAAGAUUUCAAAGCAACAACAACAAGAGAGGCUGAGUGAUGUUCACAGCAGCCACAGCGCUGAGACACCAUCACAGCCAAACCUUGUAACAGUGACUGUGUUCUAACAUCAAACAGCCCGCAGAUAAAAGGAACUCUUGCAAGGCUUCGUCUUUUCAGGUCUUAGGAUGGCUCUGGAGCCCAACUUGCCACGCAGCUUCCGGGGAUAAGCAGGAGUGUCAUGUAAAAACAACAUUUUCAUGUGAAAACAGAAAAUGGCUUCAAGAGGAACAACAGAGACAAGUAAACUAAAACAAAACUUGGAGGAGCAGUUGGACAGAUUAAUGCAGCAACUUCAAGAUCUAGAAGAAUGCAGAGAGGAAUUGGAUGCAGAUGAGUACGAAGAGACCAAAAAAGAAACUCUAGAGCAGCUGAGUGAGUUCAAUGACUCCCUGAAGAAGAUUAUGUCUGGAGAUAUGACUUUGGUGGAUGAGCUCAGUGGGAUGCAACUGGCAAUACAAGCAGCCAUCAGCCAAGCGUUUAAAACUCCAGAAGUGAUUAGAAUGUUUGCAAAGAAGCAGCCGAGGCAAUUGAGGACAAGGCUGGCAGAGAUGGACAGAGACUUAAUGGUUGGGAAGUUGCCACGAGACUUGUACACCCAACAGAAAUUGGAAAUCCUGACUGCCCUCAGAAAGCUUGGUGAGAAGCUCACUGGGGAUGAUGAGAUGUUUUUGUCAACAAAUGCUGGUACAGCCCUGAGCCAGUUUGAGAGAGUCUCCACUGACCUUGGAUCUGGAGACAAAGUCUUUGCUCUUGCAAGUGUUGAAGUAGAAAAGGCGAAACAAUGAAGAGGUUCGUGAGGCUUGUGUCUCCAGUUAUCAGCAGCACUGAAUUUUGGUCAUACUGCAUUUGGUUUUUCUAUUUCUAACAUGUUGAAUAAAAGCAAAGCAAAACAAAAGACCCGAGUUCUAAAACUCUUGGGUCCUUAACCAGAAGAUAUGAAGUAAACAGCCUUAAGUGCACUUUGGAACCUUGGUGUCUGUACCCUUUAAGUAAUACAAGCUCUGAGGCUGAGCACUAAGUGGAACUCUAAAACAAAAGCAUGGUAUGACUGUCUUUGGAAAGAGUCAGCUGUUUUGAACUUUUCUUAAUGUGUAUUUCUCUAACUAUUAAAACUUAAAUCUUUUUGCA